CCCCUCUGCUUGUGAAAAAAUCAACUGAUAUUCGAAAUAUAAAAAUCUCAUGGUAAUAUAAGCCGGCCGAGUGCACAUUCUUUACUGCUUCCAUAGACCUCUUCAACUACUCUUGUUUCCACAGUUUUUUAUCUAUCAGGUUAUACUAGAAGAGUUCCGGCAGAGAAACUUUCCAUCAAUUUGAGCCAUGUUGAGGGCCUUGAGCAUGCGCAGAAGUGGGUAUGAUAAGUUAGUCGACGAGUCUUCCAUUGGUUUAGUUGAGGUUAAAUUGAGCAGGUCUGCGACUUUACCAGCAAAAUUGUUUGGUUCACGAAGGAAACCGACCCCUGAGGGAAACCUUGCACCCAUUCCUGAACAGAAGCCAAGUAAAGUGAAGAUUGAGAAAAAUCCAGGGGAAAAACAAGUGAAGAAAGCAAGUAAGAUUCUUCCAAUCUUUAGCAUAUUUGAGAAGCGGCGACGAAAGAAGGCAACAGCUAAGCCAGAAUUUGCCAGAUAUAUGGAGUAUGUGAAGGAAGGAGGUACAUGGGAUGCCAAUCUGAAUAUGCCUGUAAUGCAUUAUAAAUAAGUUUUGCUUUCUUCAGUUGAAUUUGUCUAGGAGCAAUAUGUUGUUUGUGCUUCUAUGAAUCCAUCACUCUUUUAUUUAUGAGAAAGGGGAAGGUAGUAAGUUAAUAUGAUCUUAACAAGUCCUUUUUCAAAACGUCAAAUAUAUGAAAACAGAUGACUAGACGAGUAUAUUGUUUCUUGAUUUAAA